AAAAAAAAAAAAAAAAAAAAAAAAGGAAAUUUGUAGUGUUACUGUGUUAGAGAGAGAAGGAAGAGCUCGAGCUCUGAUCGCUCGGGCUCUACAAAUCACGAAUUUGUUAUCAUUUCAGAGCUUCUAGAGAGAGAAGCGGUGCUCUCUAAUUCGCAGAGGAACAGUAAACCUCGAGCUCUCAAACUCUAAGCCACAAGCCCUAAUAUUCUCGUAAAGAUACUCCGUACAUAUUCAUAUUCUUCGUUUCUCUGGUUCCUUUUCUUUUUGGAGCGUUUCUUUGUUCUCUGUUUGAAUGUUCCUUUCCUAGUCCUUCCUCUUUAUGUUGUGAUUUUUUUGGGUUCCGAGAUCUCUUCCUGUUUCACUGCCUCAGAAUUUUGGAUUCUCUGUUUUGUUCUCUUUUUUGCCUUUUGUUUUGCGUAGAAUUGAAGAGUUUUGUUGUAAGGAUGGGAUGCUAGUGGGAAUACAACAAGUUCGGGGAAUUUCGCAUUUCUUGCUUUCUUGAACUUGCGGGUUUACUUUUUUAUAUCUUCUUUUGCUGAUUGAGCAAGUUUCUCUGUUAGUUUUCCUUUGAUUGUGAGAGAAGUUAAGGAUUUGGUUGAGUUGCUUGUGGAAGUUGCUUGAUCCACUGAGCUAGGAGCCCUGCCAAUUAGGGUUUCCUACCCAAUUAUUUUUGCUCUUCAAGGCACACACAGUAGACGGGUCAUCAAUGAAGCAUAAUUACAUGUAAUGUUACGUGGUUACUGGAUAUGGAGAGGGUUGCAGAAUCAAAAGCUCUUCCUGUGAAAUUGCCCGUUGUAGGCCAGGUGUCAAAUGCAUCCAUGGCCUAUGGAAGAGAAGGGGGUCAGGUAACAAAGCACCAGACAGGAUUGGUAAGAGAAGUAGUGGGACGAUUUAAUGCACAAGGCUCUGUAGUUAUGGACUUACCUGUCCCUGUAAGACCGUGGAAGGGAAAAGACUCUUUGCCUGUACGGGAAGAGCUAAUGCUUGAUGUAGUCACUUCUAAGGGAAGUGGUGAUUCAUUUGAUGAAGGUGGCCCUAGUUCUUUUUCUGGGGCUAGUCAUCCACCAGAACCGAUUGACACAGAUCUAAUGAAAACGGUUUAUGUACCAAUUGGGCAAAAGAAAUCCGAGGCUGGAUGUCUCAUGAAGAGUAUGUCUGUCAAGGGGCCUUUCCUGGAAGAUCUUUCAAUCAGGGUUCCGCCUAAGAAACCAAGCCCAGUUGUUCUUUCACCAGCAGAAAGUUUGGUUGAAGAACCUAAUGACUUAGUUGCUCUGUCUUCUCCAUUUUCAGUUCCUCGUGCAUCACAAAAUACCGACAGCUCUUUCCUUCCACCUGAUUCAGAGGAAAAGGAAUGUGUGUGGGAUGCUUCUUUGCCUCCAAGUGGUAAUGUAAGUCCACAUAGUAGCAUUGACAGUACUGGUGUUGUCACAGCUAUGAGCAUUGUCAAUAGUUGUGCCAGUACAUAUAGAAGAAGUGAUGCUAUUACAAGUGAUGGCAUGCUAAGUAUUGAAAGAAACUGUGAGAGUACAAAGGGAAGUGUUAGUGUUAGAGGAGAUUCACUUGAGAGUGCAAAGACUAGCGUUAGCCGCGCAAGUGAUAGCAGUGGCCUUAGUGAUGACAGCAAUUGGAGCAACAUCACUGGGAGUGCAAAUAAGCCGCACAAAGGAAAUGAUCCUAGGUGGAAGGCCAUUCUUGCGAUCCGAGCACGAGAUGGGAAUUUGGGCAUGAGUCACUUUAGACUACUAAAGCGGCUUGGUUGUGGUGACAUUGGGAGUGUGUAUCUUUCAGAACUGAGUGGGACUCGUUGUUAUUUUGCAAUGAAGGUAAUGGACAAGGCAUCUCUUGCAAGCAGGAAGAAGUUGACUAGGGCUCAGACAGAAAGGGAGAUCUUGCAGCUAUUGGAUCAUCCAUUUCUGCCAACUUUGUACACACAUUUUGAAACUGACAGAUUCUCAUGUUUGGUCAUGGAGUACUGUCCAGGGGGUGAUCUUCAUACCUUGAGGCAACGGCAACCUGGGAAACAUUUUUCUGAGUAUGCUGCGAGGUUUUAUGCUGCUGAGGUUUUGUUGGCACUUGAAUAUCUCCACAUGCUUGGUGUUGUAUACAGGGAUUUGAAACCUGAAAAUGUUCUUGUCCGUGACGAUGGGCACAUAAUGCUCUCAGAUUUUGACCUUUCCCUUAGAUGUGCAGUUUCACCUACCUUGAUAAAAACCUCAUUUGAUUCUGAUCCUUCAAAACGAGCUGCUGGUGGUGCAUUUUGUGUUCAGCCUGCCUGUAUUGAGCCCUCAUCUGUAUGCAUCCAGCCUGCAUGCUUUAUUCCUCGAAUCUUUCCUCAGAAAAGUAAGAAAAAGACCCGAAAACCUCGAGCAGAACUUGGACUGCCUGCUAGUGCACUGCCAGAGCUCGUAGCAGAACCAACUGCAGCCCGGUCCAUGUCGUUUGUUGGAACCCAUGAAUACUUAGCCCCUGAAAUUAUCAAGGGAGAGGGCCACGGUAGUGCUGUUGAUUGGUGGACAUUUGGCAUUUUCUUGCAUGAGUUGCUGUACGGUAAAACUCCAUUCAAAGGCACAGGAAAUCGAGCUACACUGUUUAAUGUGGUGGGACAACAGCUUAGAUUCCCAGAUUCUCCAGCAACCAGCUAUGCAAGCCGGGACUUGAUCCGAGGCUUGCUGGUGAAGGAACCACAGCACAGGUUGGGAGUGAAGAGGGGUGCAACUGAGAUCAAGCAACAUCCAUUCUUUGAAGGUGUAAAUUGGGCACUAAUAAGAUGCAGCACACCUCCAGAAGUACCGAGACCAAUGGAGACUGAGCUGCCUGGGAAAUUUGGGGCAGUUGAUCCAAUUGGGGUGGGCAGCAGCAGUAAAAGGAUGGUGGGGACAGACAUGAAGUCUGGUGGUAAAUAUCUGGACUUCGAGUUCUUUUAGUACAGGCUUGUUGUGCUGUGUUGUGCUAGUAUUAGUUGAUCUUAGAAGAGUAUGCCUCCAUUACUCUCCUCUGAUAAUGAACUUCAGUUCAGCUGCCUCCUACGAGGAAAAAUAGUAUUAAUUGAAAAUUAUUAAUUUUACUUUUACAUAGUGUUUGGAAUAAA